GGUUGGAACAGCUCUAGCUGGGGACCCCUCAAUGCCAGCCAUAGGCCUUGUGAAGGGUGCUCUAGGAGGAUAAAAUUGGAAGGUGAAUGUUAGUGGCUGUGAAGCAGAAUGAGGACCAUAAGAAAGUGAAACCUCUGACUCCGGUUACUAGGAUCUGAUGAACUGUCCCACCUCCACCGAAGAUCCCAACAAGGCAACAUGCCCCCCAAGAAGCCUGAACCUAAGAAGGAAGCGGCCAAGGCAGCCCCGGCCCCAGCCCCGGCCCCAGCCCCGGCCCCACCUCCUGAGCUCCCUAAGGAAACUGCCUUUGACCCCAAGAGUGUAAAGAUAGACUUCACUGCUGACCAGAUCGAAGAAUUCAAAGAGGCCUUCUCCUUGUUCGACCGGACCCAAACUGGAGAGAUGAAGAUCACGUACGGGCAGUGUGGGGACGUGCUGCGGGCCCUGGGCCAGAACCCCACCAACGCCGAGGUGCUGCGCGUCCUGGGCAAGCCCAAGCCGGAAGAGAUGAAUGCCAAGAUGCUGGACUUUGAGACGUUCCUGCCCAUCCUGCAGCACAUCUCCCGCAACAAGGAGCAGGGCACCUACGAGGACUUCGUGGAGGGGCUGCGUGUAUUUGACAAGGAGAGCAACGGCACGGUCAUGGGUGCCGAGCUUCGCCAUGUCCUUGCCACCCUGGGAGAGAAGAUGACUGAGGCUGAGGUGGAGCAACUGUUAGCUGGGCAAGAGGAUGCCAAUGGCUGCAUCAAUUAUGAAGCCUUUGUCAAGCACAUCAUGUCCGGGUGAAGCAGACCCCCAGGGUGCCUGGCCCUUGGCCUUAGCCCGGGCUAGUUACCCAGAGGCCCGGAGUGGCUGAACUGGAGCUGGAGUCCUGGACUUUCUGCUGCCUCACAACCCCAAGGACCUUACAGGCUCAUAGCCCUCCCUGUAAAUAAACAGCUCCAGGGAAGCUGGGCCAGCUUCCUGGAUUCCAA